AUGUUUUGCCUGGUGAUGUGCGGGGCUCAUGUGUGUCCUGGUGACGCGCACGAGGCUCAUGUGUUGCCUGAUGGCGGGCGCAGGGCUCAUGUCUUGCCUGGUGACGUGCACGGAACUCAUGCGUUGCCUGGUGACGCCCGCUGGGAUCAUGUUUUGCCUGGUGACGUGCACGGAACUCAUGCGUUGCCUGGUGACGCCCGCUGGGAUCAUGUUUUGCCUGGUGACACGCACGAGGCUCAUGUGUUGCCUGAUGGCGGGCGCAAGGCUCAUGUCUUGCCUGGUGACAUGCACGGGGCUCAUGUGCUGCCUGGUGGCAGGCACAGGGCUCAUGUCUUGCCUCGUGAAAGAUCUGAUAAAGAUGUUUUUGAGGUUUGUCCAUUUGACCUCGUGCUACCAAACCUUCCCAAUGUCUUCAACAUCUUAGUAACAUCUAAGGAAUCUCAGGGGUUAGCUGCAGCCAAUGUGAGAAAGGUUCUGAUUGAAAUAAGAAAGUCCCCGUGGUUACAACAGAAGUCAAUCGGUUAUAAGCUUGCAGCCUGGGAUGAGUUCCAACAAAUUCUUCGUUACCAUAUAAAUGCAUUGGCCAUGUGUUUUACAAAGAUUGACGAAAAUCCUCCUAUCCUGGAAGAAAUAACAAGAUAUUUCAGUAACCUCACGGAGAUUGUCCAAAAGCAGGGUGAUACGGCGUGUGCUCGUGCUAUCGCUACAACUAAAAUUCAGGAGAUUUUACUGCGGGUUGAUCUACUUUACUCUUUAAUGAGAAGAUGGAAUCUGAGAAAGCAACAUCGCAGAUCUGAUAAAGAUGUUUUUGAGGUUUGUCCAUUUGACCUCGAGCUACCAAACCUUCCCAAUGUCUUCAACAUCUUAGUAACAUCUAAGGAAUCUCAGGGGUUAGCUGCAGCCAAUGUGAGAAAGGUUCUGAUUGAAAUAAGAAAGUCCCCGUGGUUACAACAGAAGUCAAUCGGUUAUAAGCUUGCAGCCUGGGAUGAGUUCCAACAAAUUCUUCGUUACCAUAUAAAUGCAUUGGCCAUGUGUUUUACAAAGAUUGACGAAAAUCCUCCUAUCCUGGAAGAAAUAACAAGAUAUUUCAGUAACCUCACGGAGAUUGUCCAAAAGCAGGGUGAUACGGCGUGUGCUCGUGCUAUCGCUACAACUAAAAUUCAGGAGAUUUUACUGCGGGUUGAUCUACUUUACUCUUUAAUGAGAAGAUGGAAUCUGAGAAAGCAACAUCGCAGAUCUGAUAAAGAUGUUUUUGAGGUUUGUCCAUUUGACCUCGAGCUACCAAACCUUCCCAAUGUCUUCAACAUCUUAGUAACAUCUAAGGAAUCUCAGGGGUUAGCUGCAGCCAAUGUGAGAAAGGUUCUGAUUGAAAUAAGAAAGUCCCCGUGGUUACAACAGAAGUCAAUCGGUUAUAAGCUUGCAGCCUGGGAUGAGUUCCAACAAAUUCUUCGUUACCAUAUAAAUGCAUUGGCCAUGUGUUUUACAAAGAUUGACGAAAAUCCUCCUAUCCUGGAAGAAAUAACAAGAUAUUUCAGUAACCUCACGGAGAUUGUCCAAAAGCAGGGUGAUACGGCGUGUGCUCGUGCUAUCGCUACAACUAAAAUUCAGGAGAUUUUACUGCGGGUUGAUCUACUUUACUCUUUAAUGAGAAGAUGGAAUCUGAGAAAGCAACAUCGCAGAUCUGAUAAAGAUGUUUUUGAGGUUUGUCCAUUUGACCUCGAGCUACCAAACCUUCCCAAUGUCUUCAACAUCUUAGUAACAUCUAAGGAAUCUCAGGGGUUAGCUGCAGCCAAUGUGAGAAAGGUUCUGAUUGAAAUAAGAAAGUCCCCGUGGUUACAACAGAAGUCAAUCGGUUAUAAGCUUGCAGCCUGGGAUGAGUUCCAACAAAUUCUUCGUUACCAUAUAAAUGCAUUGGCCAUGUGUUUUACAAAGAUUGACGAAAAUCCUCCUAUCCUGGAAGAAAUAACAAGAUAUUUCAGUAACCUCACGGAGAUUGUCCAAAAGCAGGGUGAUACGGCGUGUGCUCGUGCUAUCGCUACAACUAAAAUUCAGGAGAUUUUACUGCGGGUUGAUCUACUUUACUCUUUAAUGAGAAGAUGGAAUCUGAGAAAGCAACAUCGCGUGUGA